AUGGCCGGACUUUCCAGCAAUGUAAUGAACAUGAAGUUCAUGCAGAGGGCUCAAACAAAAAAGAAUGAAAAGAAGAACGAAGAUGCUAUAAGGAAAGUCAAAGACUCCUCAGAAUGGGUUCUUCCAAACAAACCUCUCUACAAGCGAAAACGAAACUUGCCGUCCAAGUUUCAAACAGUGGGUUACGGAUGUAUAGCCACUUUAAUGACGAAAAAUGAAGAGAUAAAAGAGGAUGAUAAAAAUAAUGAUGAUGCGUCCAAUGGAGCUGAUAAAGGCAUGGAUGAAGAUUUCCUGAUCAAUAUUAGAUGCUUAUCAUCUAGGAUCCCUAUGAUUAAGCUGUAG